GAACACUUGAUGAGGAGGGGGGGUUGAAGCACUCUGACGCAUGUUUCUGUCCCGUGUCUUUCAGGAAGAUCCUGCGUCUGGUCAAACACACUCUGGCGAGCGUGAGCGGCGUUCGUGACCAGGAGAUGGUGCUGCUGGAUGAGAUGUUGGCGGCGUGCGCUCGGGAGGCUAGCAACAAGAGUCUAGAGUUGAUCUUUAGUUCUCACCUGUUCUACCAGAACAGACAGGAGAGGUUCAUCAGCAGCCUGGCAGAUGAGUUGCCAAAGAAGGUGGACAGCAUCACUCCAUACACGAUGGCUUUGAUCGCUAAGUACAUUGCUCGCCAUCGCCUAAGAGAGACUCGACUGCUGGACACCAUCGCAGACUUCCUGGUGAAGAAGGCCGAGUACCUGGACAGCAAAGUGAUCCAGAAGCUGGUGUUCCCGUUCAGCAGGAUGAGUUACCGUCCGUCCAGCGAGCAGCAGUUCUUCUCUCGUCUCGAAGAAGUUGUUGAACUGAAGGCGCUCAGCUCGCCGCUCGCCACUGUCAACAUCCUCAUGUCGCUGUUCCAGCUCGGACACUUCCCAGGCCCUGUGAUGCACCGCGUCUUCUCCUCCGCCUUCAUCAGCAACGUCACCAACAGUCCGUACGCUCUGAUCGUGAGGCGAUACCUGUCUCUGCUGGAUGCUGCUGUGGAGCUGGAGUUCAGGGACUACAGUGGACCCCGACUGCAGGACUCACACAAGGUGCUGAUGUUUGACCACGCCCUGACUGCUGACGAGGUCAACCGCAAGUACAGUUAUAAAGGUCUGGUGGCCGAGGCUCUGAGACAGCUGGUGGGAGAACACAACUACAAACAGGACGAAGUACUUCCCCCUGGGUACUACACAGAUUUUGUGUUGUGGAUCGACAGUUCUGGUCGGGUUCUGCCCAUCAGGACUGGAGCAGGUUUAUCUCUGACCGUUGUCCCGCCGUCCUGCGUUGCUGUGGCAGCUAAGCCUGCAGAUGGGUCUGUUGCCAUAAUGACCUCAGAGUUCCAGAAAUUCUCUCCGUUUGCUGCUCUGGUGGAGGGGCAGAGCACCAGGUCAGGGGGCGAGGCAAUGGGCCACCACAGGGGCACAGCAGCCCCUGGGCCCCAGCGGUUAGGUAGUAAUGGGGGCUCCCUGGAUUACGGCCCCUACUACCCCCCUGCAGAGUUCUACUCGGGUCUGCCCAAGGAGCACUCUCUGGAGAGCCAGGACAGCUCCACACUCAGCAGCCCUUCCGACAGCCUGGCACAGCCAGGGGCUCCUGGACCUGCAGGGGCACCAGCACCGGACUCACUCUUUCCAGUUUUUCAAUUGGGAGAAGAUCCUCGAGGACAAGGGGGGGCAGGGACCCAGGGGGGCAAGGGGAUAGACUGCGAGCUGCCUGGAUUCUACGAGGGAGCAACAUACCCGAGGGUGGGGCUGACAGAGAGCCCCCUCACCCCCACAGCUCCAACCCCUGAGAGGACCGAGUCAGAUGACCCCCACAGAACAGAGGGCCAUCAGGAGGACUCACUGUGUGUUUCUGCAGGGUCAUCAUGCGUCAACGACAAGUGGCACUACUGCCACAACUCCGAGGUCCUGGUGGGCUCCAGGGCCAUGAGGGACCCCACCUGAGGCUGCUGGUACAUCAUCCUGCAGCUGCCAUACCACGAGCUGGAGAAACUGAACGGCAUCGAGGACGUGAAGCAGUACCUGCACAAGAAGCUUCUGGACGUCCCUCUAUGACGCUGUGUGUGUGUGUGUGUGUGUGUGUGUGUGUGUGUGUGUGUGUUUGAAUCUUGUUUAUUGGGCUGAACAUCCUGUCAGUCGUCCAUGAGGGCAGAGAGAGACACGUGUGUUCAGGUUACACUUGCAAUUAUCACUAAAUGAUUUGACUUCAUUUAAAGCAAAAGUUAGUGAGAGAUGAUUGACAGCUGACUCAAAGUCUAAAACAGGGGGAGUUAUCAGGUGGAGUGAUCAGGUGGAGUGUCAGGUGGAGUGAUCAGGUGGAGUGUCAGGUGGAGUGUCAGGUGGAGU